AUGAAGCCUGCCAAUAAAGUAGAUAUUCGUGACUAUCUCAAAAGGCAUCCUGACCUACGAGUUAAGGAUUUAGAUAAAGAGGCCUGGUACUGGAGCGAUUUUUCCAACCAAAAGAACUUUAAUCCAAAAUUAUUUAACGAAAUACUCAAGUUUUGGUCAAAUGUCUUGAUUGAAACAAGCAAACGCGGCUGGUUGGGUAAAGACAUUCUUUGUAUUAAUCGUGAAGGUUUAGAAGAAAUAUUUUCCACGUAUAACGGUGUUUCUCCAGCAGGCUUAAAUUGUGUUAUUCAAGAAUUAUUCAUCUCCUUAGAAUUAAUUCCUGCUGAAAAUUUUCGUUCUUCUAUGUUAUCGAAUCAUUCUUGGUCUGGAUGGAUUUUACAGUCAUUAUCGUGGGGAUUACAAAAAAUGAUGGGUUCUAACAAUGUUUUAGAUGCAAAAAAGUUUGUAGUAAUGCCUACUUUAAAGGAGGCUGCAGAUCGCGUUCUUCAACAUCAUGAAAAAAAUGCAAUUCAUGGAAUCACGGAUAACCUUUAUACUUUAACUUCAUUUAAGGCCGAAUACGCUGCCUUGGCUGUUCCAGGCGUUGUAUUAUCAGAUACUGACCUUACGAUGUUGGUAUCUUAUCUAGAAUUUGAACAAAGAAUGUUGAUUACAGAAGCUUGGCAUGGAAAUGAGGAAAAAGAAGAUGAAAUUAUAAUUAAAAUGCGAUCCAAAAAAGAAAAAUAUCUUUCCAAGCUUGAAUUUACUAAAUCAGAUCGUGGAAUUAUUUGUAUUAAGGAAACGAGUAAGAAAUUACGUAAACAAGUCGAAGAUGUCGAAAUUAAAAUGGCAGACUUGAAUAAGAAGAUAACUGGAUAUUUAAUUCGUAAACAAAAGGUGCAAGCGAAAUAUUCUUUAAGACAAAAAAAGAAUCUUGAACUUAUCUUAUCAAAAAGAAUGGGUUCUUUGGAUGCUAUUGAGGGAGUUCUUUUGAAAAUUCAAGGAGCUGCGAGUGAUACUGAAAUCAUUGAUAUGUAUGGUUUAGGAGCCAAUGCUUUGAAAGGUGUUUUGGCUUCUGAAGGAAUUACGGCUGAAUCUGUGGAUGCAACAAUGGAUAAAUUACAGGAUGCCCUUGCAGAUCAGAAAGAAAUAGAUGAUGCAAUGAAAGUGAAUCAAACUUUGAUCGAAACAUCACUUGAAAUAGAUGAAGAUUUAGAGAAAGAGUUAGAAGCAUUGUUGGAAGAAGAGGAGUCCACUAAAUCAACACCAACGAAACAACCAGUGCCUCAACCGAUCACAGAGUCUACAGUGUCUCAAACAAUUGAGGAAUAUACAGUGAAGAAUGUUAUUGAUGAAGAACUGAAGGAGCUUGAAAUGAUGUUUUCAGAAAUGGAAGCUGCACCUCAACAUACUCCAAAAAUUGUUGAUAGUAAUUCACAAAAAGAGAAUAUCGUGCUUACUUCUGAAUGA